AUCAAAACUAUUUUAACAUUUUAUCAGUUUUCCAAGAGGCAGACUUAAGAAGAAAAAGGGAAGAAAGAAUAGCAAGAUUUUGUUUGUCCCUCGUGGCAACAACCACUAGAGAGUGUUUUGUUACAUAAAAUGCCCUCACCAAGUCGCAAGCGAUACAGAGUCCGAAAAAGCAGCAGCAGUUCAUCAAGCAGUUCAGAGAGGUCCCUCCAGAGAACUCAGAAGCCGCAUUCUCGGUCUCCGGUGCAUUCUGGUCACAUUAAGUCACUUCCUCAGCACAGUCAAUCCACGAGUGGGUCGAGAAGUCGCAGGCACAGUCGUUCCACAAGUCGAUCGAGAAGUCGAAAACACAGUGGGUCAAGAGGUCGGAGACACAGUCGGUCGUCAAGUCGAUCAAGAAGUCGGCUUCGCAGUCGCUCCAGUGAACGGCACUCAAAAAUGUCUUCAGAUAAGCACGCUCGAACUGAGGCACCAGUACGCCCCAUUGUAAGUGAGAAGGCAGAAUUCCUCAAUGCUCGAGUUUUUGUUGGGCAUCUGCCGUCGGACCGCAUCUCUAAUGAGGAAUUUCAGCAACAUUUUAGUCGCUAUGGAAAGAUAAUAGAUAGUGUUGUCCAUUCAAAAGGUUAUGGAUUUGUUCAAUUUUUGAAUGAAUAUGAUGCCUUGAAAGCUGUGUCUAUGGAAAAGGAUGCCUUGUUAAAAGGCAAUGUGAUUGACGUCAAAAUGGCAGCUGAAGGGCGUCGUGACAGGCGUGAUGGUCCUCCACCUGUUCGAGACCGACGCUCCCCACCACCAUUUGAUCGAGGAUCUUCAGCUGGAUACCCUCCCUUACCACCAGCUGCAGUCACUCGGGAUCGCUCACCAGUCCGAGACCCGUACAUUGACCGAUACCGAGACCCUUUCAGAGAUGGGCGGUACCCACCACGCGAGCCACUGGCACCACGAGCACCCAGAGACCCACUGCUUCCGAGACGGGAUGAUCCAUACUAUGACGACCCCUACCGACGCCCACCACCUGCAGAUCCGUACUAUGACCGCUAUAGAGACGACCCCUACAGACGUGAUCCCUAUGCUGAUCCUUACCCUCGUGAACCUUAUCCUUCCACCUACCGUGAUCCCGUUCUACCACCACUGAAGACAGAAUGUAUGAUUGUUUUGAUGAAUUCCACUCUUAGACAGUACGGACUAAGUAUAGAGGCACGCCUCAAGCAGUUUGGUGUUGUCACCGAUAUUACUGUGAUUCCCGAGGACCGCACUCUCCAACAGCAGAUUGAAGAGAUCUCGCGACGCGGGGGAAUCUUUGCUAUCAUCGUCAACAGUCAGAACGAGGUGCACAGGUCCAUCACCCUGAACAUCCUGUACGGGACACCACAGGAACACAGGAACAUGCCUUUCGAAGAUGCGUUGACCCUAAUAAGUAGCAGCUUUAAAAAAUACCUUCAAAACAUGCGGGAGAAAGAAGUGGCAGCAGCGCCAGUCGUCGUCGUCGAAAAGGACAGUGCAGCUACAAUCGUAAAGGCGUUCCUCCCGCCAUCAAAAGACGUUUCAUAUUUGUUAAAUUUACUGGCGGAUAAUCGCCCGCUGACUGUGGAGGAACUGGAUAAAGUUAUCUUUUAUUUGCGUGAACGUCGGGACAAGAUUCUGGAAGCUGAAGGGCGACCUAAAGUGGCCACAGAAGCUGUUUCUGCUUAUGGAGACGUGAGGCCAAAUGAGUCGGCAAUUCAACAGCAGGAGCUUCAGAGCAAGAUCCUCAGCAUGCUGAAUCAGAACGGGACGGGAAGUGUAUCUGUGGCCAGCGUGCGGCCGAGCAUGGGGACUGUGCAGUCGCCCCAGGCAGUGGCGGGAAUCGUCCAGUCGCCUGUCCAGACGGCCACAUCACAGUCCAACGCCACUCUCAUCAACUUUGACAACCCCAGCGUUCAGAAGGCACUGGAUAACCUCAUACAAAGCGGCCCCAACCUGCUGCGUAACAUUAGCGGGUCGAGUCAGGGUCAGCCACCUGUCGGUACCAGUUCCCAGUCGUUGACCUCGUCCAGACCUGGUAGUGGGGGUCUAGUGUCCGCCUAUAACCAGGGGUAUGGGGCACCCCCUUCCAGACCGAGCCUGCUGCCACCACAGCAGAGCAUGCCACGAUAUUAACAAGCUUGAGUUGACUUAUUUUGUGUCGGUCUCACAUUUAGUAAGAGAAGGUACAUGGGGACCAGCUGCCUUUGUCCUGCAGAUUGUUAAUUUUGUUGAUCCCAAAGACUCAAUGUCUAGAUAAAGAUGAUUUUAAAUAAUGGUCUUAGCAGAAUUAGCAUUAAUUGUCAUCUGGUUAGAUAGGAAAAGACUUAUUGAAUUAGGAGUUUCCAGAAAGAGGUGCAGAGAACACAUUAUUUUUAGGAAUAUCAUACAGUAAGAGAUGUUACAGAUUGGCAAUCCCAGUCAGUGUGAGCGGGUGGGUAUUACUAGCACAUAGACAAACUCUUGUGGUUUGGAUAAGCAUUCUGAUUUUAAUAUUAUUGGCAAAUUCUUAUUAAUAUUAUUUUUUCUUCAAAAUGUGAAUACAAAUCUGGGCCAGAGAAUUUUGAAUAAAAACAUAUGUUUGCUAUUGGAUGAGGUACCGAUUUAACAAAAAGUCUAAUAUUGAAUAUUGUAGUUAAAAGAGACCCUGGACGGAAAAAAGAAAGAAAAAAAAAGGCAUUUAGACAAGCUCAUAAAAUAUUAGUAAUUUGGAGAGAUUUUGCUUUGAAAAUCUGCUCCCAAAUUCAAGUUUCAUUUAGCCAAACAGCAAAAAUGACUACAUCUAAAACAACAGACAAUUUUUUAAUUAGUUUUUUGGCAACUUGUUUUUAAAAAAGUAUUUGCCAAAUUCAAUUUUAAUUUUCAUUUGGCGAUUAGGUGAGCAACAGCUUAAACCCUGAUAACCCCGGAAAGCAACCUUGUAUGUUGUUAAAACUGGCAGUAUAAGUACAUUAUAAAUCAUUAUGUUUAUUGACUGUUCUUGCCAGUACUGCUCUAAUGGGCCUUUUACUUAGGAUGGGAUGUUGCCACUUUAUUGUUGUAAUAUGUAACAUGACGUAUAUAUAUAUAUAUAUAUGUGUGUGUGUGUGUCACAGAGAAAUACUUGAAAUAUUUGCCGAAACAUUCAUGUUUUCAUUAUGUGGAAAUAUAACAUGUACAUAAAAGUUGCAAUUGUAGAAAUAUGCAUCAUGUUCAUCCUCUUGUGUUGAUUGAUGAAAUAAAAAUAAAUGAUUGCACAAUGUUUGUUUAUUUUGGCAGAGGAGGAUAACGUAAAUGAGUAGAAAAGUAAUUAAUAUUUUAAAGGAAAAAUACUAGAAUAGUUUUGAUCAGUUAAAACAUUAAAAUGGUGAAUCAUUUUGAAAGGUCAAAUCUCUUUGAUCUAGCAUUGGUUCUUUCAUUGUACAUUUCAUCAUUGUCAAAUUGCUGAUAUUUACGUGUUGUGUUUUUUAUAAGUUAACAGCAUUUUUUAUUAUUAUUAAAAGUGUGACAAUACAAACUUAGAAUUUUUGUGUGUCAUAUUAGCAUUUCAUUACAGUAAUUUACACUUGGCAGUACUCACAAUUUAUGUUUUUAAAAGUUUAUUACUGCUGGAUACAUAAGACAUACGGAAGUUAGGUCAUAUGUUUACUCUAGCUGCACUUGUGAAAAUUGUACUGUUGCUAGGCCUCAUUUUUCUUCAUAAUCUACUCAAAUCCAUUUGGAAAUAUACAGGAAGAUAGUGAUUUUUAAAAUGAUUUUUUUCUCGUUUUUUUCCCCCGAAUGCUUUUAAAGACAAGUUGAAGAAUCAGUUGAAUUUGCAUUAUUUUUAUCUACAGAAUUCCCCUGCAAAGUCAGUCACUAGCUACUUCCUGAAUGCACUUCACUGUUGUAAUCAGGGGAGUUAAAAGUUACAUGUCCACUUGUGUGCUGUCGGAAACGUUUCACUACCUACCAUUAGUUUAUCUGGUCGGUAAAAACGUAUCUGGAGUUGUACGCCAGACCACACACCACACAGGAUAAAUGGUGUUGCAUCCAUGUCCACUCUUUGUUGUUUUUUUAGUCUAAUUGAGCUUUCUGUGUUUUGUUAAUGAUGCUGUAUAUUUGCAAAAUACAUAUUAGUUGAUAACUAAAUGUUGUUGAAUAAAGAAACACAUUUUGUUCUU